AUGGGGGUGCUGAGCCACCGCUGCUGGCAGCCCAGGAACUCGGAAGAGGGAUCCAGGGCGCUGGGAACCCGCCUCCUGGAAGGGACCGGCCUGGCUGCUGCCGAUCCUCCUGAGGGGCAGUCGGACAAGGCCCAGGAGGCAGACAGGCCGGGAGCUGGGUUCAGGGUGGAGGGCGGGAGCCGAGCCCAGGUCAGCGCUGACGGAGCAGCCAGCAAGCUGGCAGGAGAGAGUCCUCUUCCUCCCCUUGCCUUCCGGUCCCCCUCUCGCGCUUGUGGUUAG